AUCUGAGGUUCCAGUUCUGUCGUGAACCAGUCUUUGCCUUCCUUUCCUUGGAUACCUGUGCAACUGCUACAGCCAGGUCACUUUCUGGAUCUUGGACCUGGCUGGCUCAUUCUGGAGGCUUCCAGAGGUAGAAGAUGGCUUCUGACCGAGUGGCAUCCCCACUGCUGGGACUGGAUGGGGGCCUGAUAGCUGGUGCUGCCCCAGCUCCUUUCACCACCCUCCCCUUCAGCCUGCUGUCUCCAGAGGCGCCAGACCAGCCAGCGCGGGAGCUACCUGCACAGCCCGCUGUGCCUCCCGCAUUCUCCCCAGGAGACCCACUGGUGCUCUCUGCUUUCCCCAGCCCACUGCUGGCGACGGGGGAUGGGGACCCUGGCCCCAGUGGGCUGGGGGCCUGCAAGGUCAUUGUCAAAGUCAAGACAGAAGCCGGCCCGACGGAGCCCUUUCAGACCCAGAACUUCACUGUCACACAGCCAGCCUUCAGUUGGCUCACCUCGGGUGCUACAUGUGCGGGCUUGGAGGGUCCUGCACCUCAGUAUGUGAGCACCUCUAAUGUGAAUACCAUUCCGCCGGCUUCCACGGUUUCCGUGAGCCAGGAGGGUCCCUCAGACCUUUUCCCUCAGGCUCCACCACCAACUGCCCAACUGGCCUCCAUUGUGUUCCCAGAAAAGGCUUGGCUAGGGCCACAAGGCGCCACCGGACAGCCCUCCGUGGGUGAACUUGCCUAUGCUCCCAAGGGUGUUUAUGAGAACUUUCGUCGCUGGCAGUACUACAGAGCCUUGGUCCAGAGAUACCUCUCCCAAAAUCCUGAUGCAGAAGCUCUUUGCUGCUUUCUCAUCCCAGUGCUCCGUUCCUUGGCUCGACUGAAGCCCGCUAUGCCCCUGGUGGAUGGACUGCAAAGGGCUGUGCAGGAGUGGGACCGCACCAGCAACUAUGACCGCAUGGUGUUCUGUGAGAUGGCAGAGAAGUUCAUGGAGUUUGAGGUGGAGGAGCUGCAGAUACAGAAAACACAGCUGAUGAAUAACUCCCAGGGCCUGUCUCCUGCAGCCCCUUUAAAACCUGAUCCCUCAGGACUCCUGGCCCCAGAGGUUUGCCAGCAGCCAGUGUACAUUCUGAAGAAGGCAGGCCCCAAGACACGGGCUCCCCGCCACAGGCAGCGCAAAGCCCAGAAGCCUCAAGUUCCGCAGGCCCCCAAGGAGAUCCCACCAGAAGCUGUGGAGGAGUACAUUAACAUCAUGGAAGGGCUGGUGGGGGGUCAUGUGGCUUCCGGGGAGUCAGAUGGAGAAGACGAAGAGAAGAAGCAGGAACAUGAAGAGCUGUAUCCAGACCUGAGUCUCCUGAGCUACAUGGAGGAGCUGUGUUCUGAGGAAGCCUUUGUUGCCAAGGUGGAGGCUGUCAUCCACCCUCAAUUUCUGGCUGAUCUGCUGUCUCCAGAACGAGAGAGGAAUCCUUUGGCCUUAAUUGAGGAGUUAGAACAAGAAGAAGGACUCACUUUUGCCCAGCUGAUCCAGAAGCGACUUGUGGCCUUGGAAGAGGAGGAUGCGGAGGGGCCUCCAGGUUGCAGCGAAGCUCAGUUGGACUCAAGUCCUUCUGUUUCUGAUGAUGAAGAUGGUGGGUGUGGGUGGCCUCAGCCCUCAUCUGGGCCUCAGGGAGCUGGGGCAACUAUUGGCCUUGAAAAGGCUGCUUCUUUAGGAAAGCAGGCAAGAGAGACUCAUAGCAGGCAAGGGCACGCCCUAGAUGGUCCAUGGGGCGUAUGCAGGGAUGGGAAUGUUCUCUCAUCCUCCAGCAGCUGGGACCUGCAGGAAGAGAUGGUGGCUCCACAGGAAAUUCAGGGAUCCCUGUGUAUGGAGAUGAUGGGGUCAGGGGAGGUUGUAAGUGAGCUAUCUCAGUAUCAGGAUAGCCUCCUGGAAUGUGCCAGGUCCCCUGCGCACUACUUGGUGGCUGACGGUGCUCCAGAGGCUUUGCCCCUUUGCUGGCAAGAAAGCCCACAGCUCAAGACAGCUGCUCCCAGGUUGGAUGCUGAACUUGCAGAGCCAGCUUCUCUGCAAGGUCAGGGUUUGGGAAAGCCUGACCUGGGGUGGCAGGUAGGGCAUGAGGCAGAGGAAUUUGGAGUGCUUCCUCAGAGAAUGGAGCCUUUAGUGGUAGCCCAGAAAGGCUCUGCAGAGGCCAUGUGGGGAGUGGAGAGAAGUCUUUCCAUGGUGCAUAGUUAUGAUCAGAACCCUUCCCCUGGAACAGCUGGGGACAGGGACAGGGCCUCACUCAGCCCAGGACUCUGGCUGAGCAGUGAGAUGGAUGCUGUAGGUUUGCCAUUGCCCUUAGAAAUCGAAGAUGUCAUAGAGAGCUUCCAAGAUGGAAAGUUCCUAACUGAGCACCAGGCAUUGGGCUCCACAAACACCCUUUCUCUGGGUUCUGGAGAGACCACAGUGCCUGGGGACCUUGGGAACAGUGUGGUUGCCUGCGGAAGCACAGAUGUCCCAGCUGCCCUAGCAAAAAGAAACUAUUGCAGUUUGGAAGGACCUCUGAGGGCCAAUAGCCCAGCCUUUGGGUGUAAGGGAAAUAGAGAACAGAGCCUUGAAGUCAUACAAGAUCCCAAUAAUGUGUGGGUUGGAGGUUGCUCCUUACUGCUGGAAGGUAGCACUGGCGCCUCUGUAUCAACUUUGGGGUCUUCUGAAGAGAACUUGCUGCCCACGUGCCAAGGCAGUCUUCUUAUUCUGGGGACUCAGGAUGACUCAUUCCUUGAGGCCAGCCAAGACACAGGAAACAGAGGCAAUCCUUUUUCUUUUCCAUUAGAAACCACAGAACAAGUCAACAUACUGGAUGUUAGAGAUGACUAUGGCCUCCAACUCGGGGUCAUUGACGAUACCUGCCCACCAAUGCUUGCUUAUGAUCCCCAAGAGGGCAGGGAAGACAAUAGUUUGUCUAAGCCUAACCACCUUGUUCCUAUACAAGGUAAUCAAGUGUCUUACACACUUGGGGCCCCCAAAGCAACAUCUCACCAGGGCUUUGGAAGUACUUCCUCUAGAUGGGGAACCAAGGAUGCUUUAAUUCUAAGAGAAUCCUCUCGUAAGAGUAAAACACACAGCUCUGCAGAUGGGGCCAAAAGAAGGCACAAAGCUGAAGAGGAAGGGGAGGAUGAACAACUCUCCAACUUUACUUACCUCUUGGCCUCAAAACUUAGCUUAUCUCCCAGAGGACUUCCUCUUGGUCCUCACUGUGCCUUGGGAGGUGGGGGCAUCCAGAGAGCACCCAACACCUCUGCUGAUGCAAGAGGCCUUUGCCAACCUCCACACGCUGCCACCAAGUCUGGGAAGCAAGUUCUAGCUAGAGGUUCAGCCUCUGCUGAAAAGACAUCUCAGGCAGGUCAUCUUGGAGUCUCUGGGGAAAAACCAGUGGUCCAGGGAGUGGUGUCAUCCUCACAGUCUUACAAAAGGCGACGUGACACUUCUGUGGCAAGCAGGAGGAAGAAACGUCGUCGUAGCCAGUAGGAAGAGCGAGUAUCCCAUCCCACCUGCCAGUCCCCAGAAGUGGGUGUCCUAGCAUAGACCAUGACUGCUCACUGGUGUAGAAUCAGCCUCAGGCCAAUGCUAUGGUUUUGGGUGUGGGAUGGGAGGUCUGGCUGGCUAGGUUGCAGGGCCCCUUAGUGGGAAAUGAGGGGAAGGAGCUUUGCAAAGAGUUGUAUGAAAAAAAAAAAAUAAA